GUCAUUGAACAUAUAUAUAAAUAAUAUAACAAAAAUAUAAGUGCAUACACAGACGUUUAUUGUUUGCGUUUUAUUUUUAAGCAUACACAAUACCUUUGUAUAUAUCAUUUCUAUUGAUGAUAGUUAUUUUCGACUUACUUUGUAUGCAUGUAUGCAGCAAUAAAUGUAUGCGUGGCUUCCUGUCACUUAUGUGCUGAUAAAAAAAUUAAUUUUUUGAUAAACGAGGAUUCAGUUUUGCAGUGGCUGCGUUAAUUAAAAAAAAAAAAAAAAAAAAAAAAACAAUUAAAGUUUCUUCGUUCUGUCACUUGUGACAAGUUAUUGUUUCAGUUGAAUAAAACUCCAGCUAAAAGUUCAAUAGUCUUUAAGUGAACUGUUGCUGAACAAGAAAGUGAAAGACUCAUUGUCGAAAGAUGUUUUUCAUGCGAACUGUCAUUUUUUCUGCUGUUAAAUCCCGCUGGGCUGCCUUCAGGCAAUCGCCAUUAGCUGGAAAGAAGCAUAAUUUGUUAUUCGGAUUCGUAGCUUGCAGACUGGUGUCGACUCAUCAUAUCAGCAAGAACAUCGAAGUUAUUUGUCAUGACGAUAAGCCUCCGACUAUAGAGAAGCCGUUCAGUUUACAACUGGAAAAAACUAUUGACAGGCCACUGCUUGUUAUUUUGUCCUGGCUAUUUUCUAAGAGAAAACAUGUAAUGAAGUUUGCUAAUUUGUAUCUUGAACAGGGCUUUGAUGUUGUCACGGUUAGUGUCACUCCUUUCCAACUGAUGUGGCCCGCCAAAGGUACUCGAUUGGUAGCAAAAGAUCUGCUGACAUUCUUGGAUCGAAACACAAGCUAUCAGCAAAUAAUGCUCCAUGGAUUUUCAAUCGGUGGGUACAUGUGGGGCGAAUUGCUCGAUCAUGUUCAUGAAGAUCGCGAGAAGUAUAAUCAUGUUAUUGAUAGAAUUGUUGGACAAGUUUGGGACAGUGCUGCUGAUAUCACUGAGCUUACUAUGGGCACAGCGAAAGCCGUUUUUCCUAACAAUGAAAUGAUGCAGAAUAUCGCUAGAAAAUAUUUGGAGUAUCAUUUAAAGACAUUCCACGAACAAGCGACAAGGUACUACAUAAGAUCUAGCCAGCUUUUCCAUUUAAACCUUGUACACACUCCAGCAUUGUUUUUAUUGAGUAAUGCAGAUCCAGUUGGUGCGGUAGAUAGUAAUAUGCGAGUUCGUGAUUCAUGGGACUCGCUUGGUACACCAACUUAUGUUAAAAUAUUUGAAAAAUCACCACACGUUGGACAUUUUCUCAAAUAUCCCAAGGAAUAUGUUAAUGAAAUUUAUACAUUUUUGGAUAAACUAAAGAUGAUUAAAAAUGAAGAAAAAAUUCGCGCACGUAUACAAGCAUGACCUGACGACAAUAAACAAGAUUUAAAAAAAUAAAUAA